AUGGCCACGGAAACCGAACAAGCACUCAGUAUACUGGAAAAUACAGCCCUACUAUUGAAGAAAACACAGCUCAAUUUAUCAAAAUGCCCCAAACAACGACUGGCUAAAGUGGGCUACUUACAAACUAGAAUUAAAACAAUUGAAGAAUACUGGAUGAUUUUCAAAGAAGCCCAUAAAAAAUUAUUGACCUGUACCACUCGUGAGGAGCGUGGAUUGCUGCCAUAUUUCGAGAAUGAGGAAUUUUUUAUACAAGAAGAUUUGUACUUGUGUAUGUUGGGAGACUUGAAAGACAUGUUGGCGGCAGUCGAGUCUGCCAAAGGUAAACAAUCGCCACCAGAAGACCUGCAAAAUAAGAAAGUUCACCUCCCGGCUAUACAUUUACCUCUGUUUUCGGGCGAGUAUGAACUCUGGCCUAGUUUUAAAGAUUUAUUUUCAUCACUCGUCCACAACUGCACGACACUAAGCGACGUCGAAAAACUCCAUUACCUAAAAACCAGUGUGGCAGGUGAAGCAGCAACUUUAUUGAAGCACAUUACAGUAACAAGCGCUAACUACAUUCAAGCAUGGGGAACGCUGAACCAUCGAUAUGGGAACAAGCGUCUAAUAGUAAACGCAUUGUUGAAGCGACUUUUUGCCCAGAAGAAAUGUACCAGCCAAGCCGCAACCCAACUGAAAUCUCUACUCGACACCACCAACGAAGUAUUACAGAGUUUAGAAAAUCUGGAGGUGUCGACGGAUUCUUGGGAUCCAGUAAUUAUAUUUCUGGUUGCACAGAAGUUGGACCCAGAAUCCCAGAAAGAGUGGGAACAAAAUUCCUACUCAGAGAAUUCCCAGGACUUGUCGACUUGGAGGGAUCUGCGCAAGUUUUUGGAGGCAAAAUUCAGGACGUUGGAAUUAGUCAACUCCCCCACUACUACGAAGCUUGCCAAGGAACGAGUCCUUCACGUUACAGCCACGGAAAGACCAAAGCAAAGAAGUUGUGCUUUAUGUACAGAUGCGCACACGUUAUGCCAUUGUAACGUAUUCACUAAGAUGUCACCAAACGAACGUAGAGAACAUGUCAAAACAAACAAGCUCUGUUUCAAUUGCCUCGGAGUUGGACAUUCGGUGUUUAGGUGCCGUUUGCCAACAUCAUGCCGUAUAUGUAAGAGACGUCACCACACUCUUCUACAUCUACCUAACUACGGGGAGGCAUCGGCUUCUCAUGUUGUAGCUAAUCAACCGAUGUCAUCCAAUCAAGCAAAUGUAGAAGAAGGGGAAGUUAAAGCAAUGGUUGCGUCACACUAUCACGCAGGGCGGAAACAGACAAUUUCACUAUUAGCCACUGCAAUAGUAAUUUUAAAGAAUGAACGUGGACACACUACUGCAUUGAAGGCGCUAAUAGACUCAGGAUCUCAAGCAUGUUUUAUAAGUGAAAAGGCAACUCAGAUCCUGAAACUACACAAGACAGCAGUAGAUCUUAUCGUGUCUGGACUUGAGUCCACGAAGGUUAGAGUCAGGCAUGAAGUAAAUGUAAAUGUAUUAUCACGAUGGAACAAUUUCAUUUUACCUAUUAAAGCCUACGUGAUGAAGAAGCCCUUGACCUCUAACAUACAUUCAGGCACAAUAAUAAAAAGAGAUUGGCCGCACCUUGCUGGCAUUCAACUGGCAGACGAAACAUUUUCCGCCUCCUGUAACAUCAAUUUGCUGUUGGGUGUCAAUGAGUAUGUAAACAUUAUGAAGAAGGGAUUGAUCAAAGGUCCACCAGGUACACCAUGCGCACAAGAUACAUACCUGGGAUGGAUCCUUAUGGGUGGAAUUGACAUCAAUGUCAGGAAGCAUGAGCAAUCCUUAACGGUCAUGAAACAAGAAGUUGAUAUAGAAGAUUUACUGAAAACAAUAUGGGAAGUUGAUGAAGAUACGAAAAGAAACUUAACACAAAGGGAACAGUUAUGUGAAGAUAUAUACACUAAGACACAGAAGCGAGAUGAAUGUGGAAAAUAUGUUGUCAAAUUACCAUUCAACACUGAAGAACCUAAAUCAACAGAAGGAAAUACGAGAGAUAUAGCAAUGAAAAGACUAAUGCAAUUAGAAAGAAGGUUCAAUCAAAAUAAAGAAUUAAAGCACGAAUACACGAAGGUAAUUGAAGACUACAUAGAUCUAAAACAUAUCGAAGAAAUACCUACAGAAGAAAUAAAUAAUAGAUCAGUCUACUUACCUCACCACGCGGUGAUCCGUAAUGAUAAAGAAACCACGAAGACUCGUGUCAUAUUUGACGCUUCGUGCAAGGGCUCCAACGGUGUCUCUCUCAAUGACGAACUGUUGACGGGUCCUGUACUGCAAGACGAUCUGAGAAACCUGAUAAUGAGGUGGAGAACUCACGCCGUUUGCUUUGUUGCUGAUAUCCAGAAAAUGUACCGUAUGAUAUGGGUUGACCGAGAAGACGCAGAUUAUCAAAGAAUUUUGUGGAGAAACGACCAAUCUGAAGAAGUCAAAGACUACCGAUUGUUGACUGUUACGUUUGGAACAGCUUCUGCUCCCUAUCUCGCCGUAAGAACCCUUAUGAAGUUAGCAGAAGAUGAAGGCGACCAGUAUCCCGAAGCUGCUAAGAUAUUGCGUGAAGAUUUUUACGUAGAUGACGCAAUGUCUGGAAGUGACAGUCUGCAACAAGCAAUAAAGAAUAGUCAAGAUCUUAGAGCGCUUCUUCAUUUGGGUGGAUUCGAACUAAAGAAAUGGUCAUCCAACAGCCGAGAAUUCUUGGAAACAGUUGAUCCUGGCGAUUGA